GAUAGUACACGAAUUACAGUAGCAGAACAUUACUAGUAAAACAGCAUUACGACAACGUCUUCUGCCUGCGCAGGGGCAAACCCUGCGGCCAACCCUGUGCACGCCUGCUGCCUGCACAUCCCGCAUUCAGCAGCCCAGUUCUAGGUCAUUGCUUGUAGCUGCACGAGGGGCUCGCAAUGUAUCGCGAGUGAAGGGACUCGCGGAAAUGGCGGGCGCGCGCGGGCGCGGGUGAGGGUGUCCGGGGCCUGGCAAGACCAAGCACGUACGUAUGCGGCACCGGCAGCCCCUGCUUCUCGCCACACGCAUUAUACCAUCAGCCUUUAGUGCUGCAGCUAGAAGUUUCAUGUCUACAUGCGGGCAAGCAGGAGCUGCAGCCGUCACUGCAACGGACAGCAGCGACAAGCCGCCUUCGCUUGCGCCAGUCGCUGUGGCGGCUGAGGCGCCAACGGGUUCGCCAGGAGUAGCAGUCCUGGUCGUCGAAGCUGGUAGAGCAGGCACGCACACUCUCCGCGGCAUGGAAGUGUCAGCGGCAACGGCGCCAACGGCGGCGGUGCCGGGCUGGAGUGCCUGGGAGCUGAAGCCCUACAUGAACGAGAACCGCAACUGGCAGGCCGUGUCUGACUUCUGGGCGGCGCUGGUCCGCGGCGACACACGCCUGUCUGCCCUGGGGCUGGCGGAGCCGCACGAGUUCCGGAUGCCCCCAGAGGCGGGGACAGCGGGCGACGACUCCACACAUGUCGGCGGGCAGGGGCGUGGGAGCGAUGCGGGAGCGACCGAAGAUGGUGACAGCGACGACGCCGAGGACGCUGCUGGGGAGUCUGCGGCGGGAAGGCGGCGGCGGCAGUUGCGUCAGGACUUCGGGCCGCAGCGCACCACCUACAAGGUGGACGUCGCCUAUCAGGGCAGUGAGUUCGCGGGCUGGGCCUUCCAGGCCAACCGCCGCACUGUGCAGGGCACACUAGAGGCUGCGCUGCCGGCGCUGCUGACGGGGCCCCAGUACAGCCAGGCGCGGCAGGCGGCGGCGACGUCGGCGGCAGUUGACACCACUGUUGACGGCACGCCGUGUGGUCGCAGCGGCCGCGGCUCUACCAAGAGCGGCCCCGCAGCCAAGGUGGUUGUGUCGUCAGCGGGCCGUACCGACGCCGGCGUGUCUGGCUACGGCAUGCCCAUCUCCUUCUACGCCUGGCACGAGCUGUCGCCCGCCGACAUCGUAGCCACCAUCGCCGCCGCCGCGCCGUCGCCCGGCAGCCUACGAGCGCUGGUGAUUCGCGCCGUGCCGCGCCAGUUCCACGCCACAUUCAGCGCCUCCUGGCGCCGCUACGUCUACCUCUUCCCACUGCGGCGCGGUGGCGACUGUACGAAUCGUAACGGAGGUGGAGGUGGAGGUGUUGCUGCUGCCGCCCGAACCGGCGAGGGGGCAGGCGGCUGCAGCGGUGUAAGCGGCGUAGUAGGCGGCAGUAGCGGCAGUACCGCCAGCGCCGCGACGGCCGCGGCCGGGGAGGCAGGCGGGGUUGCGGGGGGCAUGAAGCAGCCGCCGCAGCCGCCCCGCCCGGUCCCGCCCGAGGUGUGGUGUUUGGACCCGGACGUGGCGCUGCUGCAUGAGCUGCUGGCGGCGCUGCGGGGCCGCCCGCUGGACUACCUGGCGUGCGCCCGAGACACGCCGCCGGGCAAGGACGGUGUCUGCACGCUGCACGUGUGCCGGGCCUCAGUCGUGGAGCUGCCGCCGCUUGGGCUCAGUGCUGAUGAUGCGCCGGCGUGGGCCGCAGCCAGUGACAGCAAGCCCCCGCAGCCUAAUGUCUCGCCGGGCACAGCAGCAGCGAGUGCAAUUCUCGGCGCAGGGGCAGCGGCGGCAGGGCCAGACGCGGAUGCGGGCGUGGGCGGCUUUGGCAAGGGGCUGGGGAGAGGAGGAGGACAGGCCACAGCAGGCGGGGGUGCUGGAGGCGAAGGGGCUGGAGGCUGUGGGCCGGUAGACCGGGCAGGGUGCGGUGUGCGUGUGAUGGCUGUGGAGCUGGUGGGGAGUCGCUUCCUGAAGCGCAUGGUGCGGGUGCUUGUGAGCACGGCGCUGCGGGAGGCCACGCCGGGCGCGGCGCGGUACGGCGGGCGGCGGGACGCGUUGCUGCAGUGCUUUGCGGAGGGGCGGGACGCGACGGGCAUGCCCGCGCCCGCGGUGGGGCUGUGCUUUGCGGGGGCGGGCUACCCGCAGGAGCUGCUCGGGGCUGACAGCUGAUAUGUUUCGUUGAGGAGGGGUUGCAUGCCCCUUUGUUGAGGAGGGAAUACGUUGGCUGUGGGAGUACGCUGGCUGUUCACAGCUAUGGAACGUGCAUUCGGAGUGAUGCAUGCGAUAGGGUGUAUGACUUGGCAGGUUUUCGGGC